CUGCUUUUGUCUUCUAUGCUGUCCAAUGAUGUCGUAACAAAGGCGGGACUAACAAGCCUUGCUGCUGCUGGGGAGGGUUGCAGGAAAAGAAAAAAAAAAAGAUCUGCAGUGUUGUGGAGUGUACCGUUAAACUACGAAAGGAAAGAAAGAGAAAGUUCUGCAGCUUUAAACAAAGGGCGCGUUGAAACUUUGCGGAUUGAUUGUUUACUGUACACAAACAGAUUCCAGAACUUGACAUCACCCCGAAAACAAGGAUACGCUGAUGCUAUAAAAAGCAAGACUUUGAAACUGAAGUCCUUCUCCAAUGCGCAGCCUACAGAUUGUGAAAGAGAUGUGUGGAACCAGGUCAAUGCAGUGCUGCAGGAUUCGGAAAGCAUUCUUUUAGGUCUUCAGGCUUACAAGGGAGCUGGUCAGGAGAUAAGAGAAGGAAUACAAAAUCCAAGUGACUUCCAACUCCAAGAACGAGCAUGGAAUGCUGUUUGUCCAUUAGUCAUCAAACUGAAGAGGUUCUAUGAAUUCUCGUUAAGACUGGAGAAGGCCUUGCAGAGUCUCUUGGAGUCCCUGACAUGUCCACCCUACACUCCAACCCAGCACUUGGAAAGAGAACAAGCCCUGGCCAAGCAGUUUGCGGAGAUUCUGCACUUUACACUGCGAUUUGAUGAGCUCAAGAUGAGAAAUCCAGCCAUUCAAAAUGACUUCAGUUAUUACAGGCGGACAAUAAGUCGCAACAGGAUAAACAACAUGAAUAUAGAAAUUGAAAGCGAAGUGAACAAUGAAAUGGCCAACAGAAUGUCCCUGUUCUAUGCUGAAGCCACACCAAUGCUAAAGACCCUCAGCAAUGCCACAACAAAUUUUGUCUUUGAGAACAAAACAUUGCCUUUGGAGAACACAACAGAUUGCUUGAGUACUAUGGCCAGUGUCUGUAAAGUUAUGUUGGAAACACCGGAUUACACAAGUAGAUUCAACAGUGAAGACACCCAGCUGUUCUGUAUGAGGGUCAUGGUGGGGGUCAUUAUCCUAUAUGAUCACGUGCAUCCUGCUGGUGCCUUCACAAAAGCAUCAAAAAUUGACAUGAAGGGAUGCAUUAAAGUUCUGAAAGAACAACCCGCAGACAACGUGGAAGGUCUUGUGAAUGCCCUCAAGUUCACCACAAAACACCUGAAUGAUGAGACCACUCCAAAAGCUGUCCGGGCUAUGCUCCAGUAAAUAUUUUUAUAAGAAGAGGAUCUAUGUUCUGACCUCAGAAGAUGUAUAUGUUUACAUAAUUUAAUACAACUUGAUGUUCAUACUCAUGUGUAUUUACAUAGCCAUUCCCUCCCGGUUAUUGAAACAUGUAUAAAAGUACCCUUAUUCUGAAUUCAAUUGUCAAUGCUAUUCUUUCAUAAAGCACAAUUUAAUUAUACCUUACAGCCUUAUCAAUUGAGACAUGCAAAACUGCUUGGCACACAGUAUAUAUUUUUUGUUUGUUUUGUCGUAACCAUUUUAUUACAGUUUAAAGCAGAAGGGCACUGAUCUCAUAGGAUUUAGACUUAGGCAGUCCUGCCUUGUAUGUGGCUGUUCAGGGAAGCAUGGUAAAGGUAGCACAGAUUUGUAAUGUUUUGUACGUUGGUGUUUUGAUGGUAAGUUUGGAUGUCUGAAUGGUUACCCUGAGAGCAGUAGGCUUAAACUGACAUGAAAAAUCUAAGAAUUUUAUAACUCACAAAAUCUUAACCAAAAGUGAUUCUAGAACUCUCUCUCUUUUGUUGUGACUGAAAGGCACCUCGGAUGCAUUAAUAAAAUAGAUGUUCGUAGCUUUGAAUUGGCAAUGUGAAGAGUGGCCUUUAAAAAAAAAAAAAAAAAAGUACUUUCUUGUGUGAUGUAUUUUAUCUUUGUCGUUCCUUUUUAAAAUAAAUUGCAAUUGAUGAAUUAUGCAUGUUGUAGUGCUUAAGUGGAAACAGCCAAGAGCACAACUCAUUGAAGCCAGUGCUUUCAGAUCAAGGUAUACACCUUGUAUCUGUUAAAAAUACACACACACACACACACACACACACAAAAAAAAACACAUUUUCAUAAGUGCAGGCUAAAAUGCAUUAAUGUGUGCCCCGUGCUAUUGUCAGCAUCCUGAAGAAAUCCUAAGCAAACUGCCCUGCACAGUAACACAUACAUAUUUAUUGUUUUAUGGUAAAACAAAACUUCAAAAAUAAAAUACUAUACAAUGAAAUAGCAGGAAAAAACUAAUAAAUACCAGUAGAUAAACAAACAAAAAAAGCUAUCACUUUAAAUGAGUGGAAAUUAUUAAAAUCCCUUGAUUCAAUAAAUUUAACAAACUUUAUACAAAGACUUUAAAUAUAUGGCUGCAUAAAUUAAGACAAAUUAUUAUAAGGAGACAUGACAAGAGGAAUGCAUUUCUUAAAUGUUAAGAUGGAAAUACUGUUAAAGGUUAAGCCUCUAAUUAUUGCCAAUGAAUCCUUGCACCAACAAAUUGCAAAACACAUUAAAUAUCCCUCUCGUUGUUGUUUCCAAUUGCAUUAAUAAGUAAAAUAGCAUUCACUUAUACUGUAUUAGUACAUUUGGUGGUUAUAGCACACAUUCAAAUGGGAAUAAAGUCUGUUUAAUUUGCUUUCAAACAAGGCUUCUUCUGGUAAUGAUUUGAACCUAAUUAUGUUCAUUUUAUGCAUUAUGUUUUCUUGCAACAUUAUUACUGUUGAUAAUGUUUGACCAAAGGGGCAUUAGAUAUUUUUAUUGUGAGCUGAUUUUACUUGUGUAUGCAAGAGUGAAAGACUUGUCGCAUGGUACAGUUAGUAACAUCAGUAUUAAACAUUCACAAAAUUGUGAUGAGUGUUUUCAGCAAAUGUUUUCAAGCAUUUUCCUUUUUUAAGCUUCAGAAAUCGCCAUUUUUGUUGAAAUGUUUAAACUGAAAGGUUUUGUGGCAUAUCAUAUAAUGAUUGUAAAAGCUAAAGUACAUCCUUGAAGUAUGAUUUCUUAAGAUUACCUAUAUUUAAGAGUAAGCCUGUUUUGAUAAGCAGUACAAGAAAAUGAACUGCAGAAUUGAAGUAAAAACUAAUGUUCUUCCAGUGUCAGUAUUCCAUGAGUUAAAUAUUUGAGCCUUUUAAAAGCCUAAAGUGUGCAAAACAAAUGCUAACUGCCAGCUAUAAUAAACAUUCAAAAAAAUAUUUUUAACUGACGGGAUUGUUUUAAAUUUGUCUUGUAUAGUUUGGAAAAAGCUGUUCCUGGCUUCUUUACUGGAUUUGCUUUGUAUUGUACAUUUAUAUGUCUGUGUGAAGUGAAAAUAAAAACUGGUACAUUUCCUUGA